CUGCCGCCCUGAUUGAGCUCGAUACACAUGGAACUGACGGAUACAGCAAGCUCCUUCGCCAGUCUUCCAGAUGACAUACUCUACUGUAUUUUCGCCCAGCUAACUCCUAAGGAAAUCCUGCUGGUACGCCAGGCUUGUCGUCGGUUGAAAGAUAGCACCUACCAUAGAACCGUGUGGUUGACGCAGUACGCCAAGGAGUCACGUCGAUACUCACUCGCUCCUCUGGGAAAAAGCGCUGGUGGCGUCGAUGAACUGGAAAGCAUCGUGCUCAGGGCGGUGCGCUUGCACGAGAAAUGGACGUCUCCUUGCCCCCAACCGGUCUCGUCCCGGGAGUACACCCACCUCAUCCCACGUGUACCGUUCGCAUUGAAACUGACGCAUGGACGGUGGCUAUUUAUCGGUGACUGCGAUGGCCUGCGUUGCUACGACUUGGACCAACCCUCGCGUCCGGAUCAAGCGCAGCCUUUGGCUUCAUAUCCCGGGCCUGUGCGUCAUAUAGAGUCCGAAUAUUGCUCGGAGAAUGGGGAGGAGUAUUUGCUAGUCGCUGCGUGCAAGAUCAGUCUGACCUCUUCGAGCACAAACAUCCUGAAGAUGCCCCUGACGAAAGAUGGGCCUUUAACGUUCGAACACCUUCGACGUGUACCAACCCCCGGUUGGAAUGUGCGGCUUUCACCCAAGGGAUUCCUGCUAAUGUGGACUUCUGCGACCAUGACUCUCCACGACGUCUCGACAGGCGUUGUGUAUGGGUUCACGCCGACCGCAAGACACGUGCUCAGUGCAACUGGUCUGGCUCCGCUUCCCGUAGUGCACAAUACCACAUGCGCGCUGUUUGACACCCAUGUUAUCACAGUUAGGAUGGGCUCCAGCGGCACUGUGAUCGAGGCUUGGCCGCUUCCAUCGGAACGCAAGAUUCCCUCCGCAAACACGCCUUCUGGCAAUGACUCGCCUUCAAUUCAACCAUCCCACUUGAUGCUACUGUCAUCUCACGCCACUGUUGAUACCUUUCUCUCAGCAGAGUAUAUUCAAGCCAGGGACGAAAUACGUUUGACAUGCUGUUGGAGGCCCCCGAUGGCUACGGACCCUAGUCGCGAUACCCUGGUCUUGGACGCGUUAACCCUUUGCCGAUAUCCCGAACCACCGACAGUUCCUGACGCGGUCGGAUUCUCCACCUCGCUCGCGACACAACGUACAGAAAGGUACAUCUGGGCGGUCACUUCGGCGAUUUCCCCAAGAAGCGGCAUUAUGCACGCUGUCGGCUGCGCGUCUACGCGUGCGGGAGGGGAUGUUGUUGCCCUCACCUUCGACGUUGACGCGCCAUCUCGUGACGAUAGGAUUGUUGUCAGAGAUCUGGGUAUCAAGCUUAACCAGGACGUGAUUGGCUACGUCUUCGACCCUCUCAGAGGUCGCUUAUGCUUCGAAGUAACUGGCGCGUGCAAUACCAUACGAGUAGUAGACUACGUGUAGAUGAUGUGUAAUAGCGUAGCUGCUUGCCAUAGAUCCUG